AUGAAGAUUCGAAGGCACAAGUUAUUUUUCUGCUGCGCGUUGGCUCUGUGUGUCCUCUCCCAGCUGCACUGCUACUCUGUCAAUGCCCUGAGCUUCCUCUGGAGAGGGAAGGGGAACCCUUCAUACAAUGCUCACCCAGAGAUGUGGCCUCUCCAAGGGCCUGUACCCUUCGACACUGGCCUGUGGGAACCAGGGGAAUACCGGGAGGAAAAGGGGAAUGCAGAGGUGGGUGAGGUGAGAGGGAAGAUGACACAACUUUCCAUAUACAUUGUUUUGGGUCUAUAUGACAUUGUCAUUGAUAUGUUUCAUUUUACUCCUAUUGUUCUCCCACUCAGGACCCAUGGGGCAAGGAGCAGCCUGACUCAGGGAAUGUAAACAGAAUGACGGUCACUUUCCCAGACCCCAAAGGGCCAAGGAGGGAACUUCACAAACAGAGCUUCCAUCUUCGCGAUGACCCCACCCCGUUCUUUGUGCACACCAAGUCUGGAGCAUACUGCUUCAGAGAGGGGACAGAAAUGACUUCUCUCAAAGACCACUUAGGACAAAAGGUCCAGGCGGCCAGAGAGGGCCAGCGUAAGAUCCUGCAAGCAAACCAAGAGGAACCCAAGUCAGCCCAAGGGAAAUCAGCCUGGGGGAAGAGGCUGGUGAAGUGUAUGUGUCGCCCAGGCUGGCACGGCCCUCACUGUGGCAUCCCAACCAUGGUGCAACACUCCAACCUGCCCACUAAGGGGCAUCUGACACCCAGAAAGGUUCCUCGGAGGGUCAUCAAUGCCAUUAAUAUCAACCACGAGUUUGACCUCCUCCACGCCCGCUUUCACGAGUUGGCCGACACAGUGGACCUCUUCCUGGUGUGUGAGUCAACCUUCACGGCCUACGGAAAUUCCAAGCCACUACACUUCCUGCGCCUUCUGCUCAACGGGACCUACGACUAUGUGCACAAUAAGAUCCUCUAUGUAUUACUCGAUCACUUCCCUAAAGGUGGCCAGCAGAACGGGUGGAUUGCUGACGACUACCUGCGAACGUUUCUAAGCCGUGACGGGAUGUCCAGGGUGCAAGGCGCCAGGCCGGAUGAUGUCUUCCUCAUCAACGACGCAGACGAGAUCCCGGCCCGCGAGGGCAUCCUCUUCCUCAAACUCUACGACGGCUGGACGGAACCUGUGUCCAUCCAUAUGAGAAAGUCCCUUUAUGGUUUCUUCUGGAGGCAGCCCGGGACGCUGGACGUCCUCUCCGCCUGCACCGUCGCCAUGCUCUUCGCCGUCUACAAUGGAGACGGGAUAUCACUGAGGCGCAGGGAAUACUUCUCCAUGCCGGGUUUCCAGAACUACCAGAGGAAGAGUGGACACAUCCUGGUGCAGUGGUCCAUUGGGAGCUCCAUCCACUACGCAGGCUGGCACUGUUCCUGGUGCUUCAGACCAGAGGGAAUCUCCCAAAAGCUAAUCUCUGCCCAGAAUGGAGACUUCCCCCGCUGGGGAGACUACGUGGAAAAACGAGACCUGAACUACAUCAAGGGCUUGAUCCGGACUGGGGGAUGGUUCGAUGGCUCGGUGGGGGAGUACCCACCUACAAACCCUAAAGAGCCUAUGUACUCACCCAAAUAUCUAUUAAAGAACUUUCAGCUGUAUCGCUACAUACUUGAUAACCCAUAUGCCUUAUUCUGGUAG